AUGGCUUCUUUUGAUUUCAAGAAGUAUUUAGGAUCUGGUGUACUUAUUGUCGAUGCAGAACGUUCAUCUCUAUUGCUUGUUCAUGAUUACACACAAAAUUAUAAUUGUUGUGGUGGUUUUAUCAAAUAUGAUUAUGACGACCCUCAACGUAUAGAAAAGACUGCUAUAGAAGAAUUGUAUGAAGAAACUCGAACUCUUUUAUCAUGUGAUAUUGAUCAUCUAAGAACUUGUUCAUUUGUUGAUCUAAAUUUUCAUGACGAUAUAUUUCGUUGUUAUAUAUUUAAAACUCGAUGUAAAUCGGAUAUCUGUGAACAAUUUGAAAACUAUAAGUCCGAAGAACUACCAGUUGACGAUGAUUAUCACGAGACAACUUCCAUAGCAUUUUUUCCUUUAAGACAAUUUAGGAGAAAAAGAUCUCUAUUAAAAAUUGAUGGAAAUUCCAUGGCAAAAGAUAGUAAUGGAAAGUUAAAUCCACUUAAUAGACGUGUUAUUUCGCUUAAUGCUGAUAUUGAUGAAAUUAAAAAUCUACUUAGUCAAUCUAAUCGUUCACGGGUGAAACAAUUUCUUGAAAUUCAACAACGUCGGUUGGAAACUGAUUUAAUUACACUCAAAGAAAAACAAGAACAAAAUGCUGCACCAGCAGCUGAAAAAAAACCAACUGUAACUGUGCCAUCAUCAACAAAUCGUUCUUAUACAAAAGAAAUAACACUUUAUGCUUGGGAUCAAACGGAUAAAUAUGUCAAAAUAUACGUUCAAAAUUUAGAUGGUGUUGGUGAUUUACCUGAAAAUCAAGUUCGUUCUUCAUUUGAAGUUCGAGGCUUUACACUUGAAAUAAUUAAUUUAAAAAAUAUUAAUUAUUUAUUUAAACGAGGUCGUCUUUUAAAUGAAAUCAAACCUGAACAAUCGUCAUAUAAAGUUAAAAAGGAUAUGGUCAUUAUAUCAUUAGCUAAGGCUGAUUCUAAGAAUUGGGAAUGCAUAUUUCAGGAUGAAAAGAAAACUCCUGAAAAACCAAUACCAAAAAUGGACGACGGCAAAGACCCAGGUGAUUCAUUAAUGCAACUUAUGAAGAAUAUGUAUGAAACUGGUGAUGAUGAGAUGAAACGAACAAUUGCUAAAGCUUGGACUGAAUCACGUGAAAAAAUGAAUACUGGUGGUGGUGGUGGUGGUGGUUCAGAAAUGCCUGAAUUUUAG